AUGCUCGGUGUUGCGAAGAAGCACGGCGUAAGCCUGGAAGCGAUCAAACUUAGCCGAACCCUAAAGAGAUCCCUCCCCGUAUGGUACCACCUAGGCGCAGAAGCCAAGCUGAGACGCCUAAACAACACAAGCCUGAGCGACUGCCUACGACGAACCCAUGGCAUAAAGACCGUGGCGGAUGCCCUAGACUUCACGAUGCACACCGCCAUAGUCGAUGGUCUCGCGCCACCCGAAACUGCAUGUACAUGCACAGACUGCACUGAGGCCCGAUCGAAGGGAUGUAAGAACCCUGAGAAAUGUAGGCUCGCGUGUAACACGAUCCUAAACCAAAUCAAACCGAAAUGGGACCCACUACUCACCACACACAACGAUGGCCUCACACUCACAGCACGUCGCAAAGAGGAGAACCACACCGCAGAAACAACGGCGGGGGCACUCAUGAUCUUCAACCCAUCGGUUACGUCCUCGGACUCUGUGAGUGCAACCUUCAGGGCCUUCGUCAGCGCUACAGCACACGACGCCCCACCUGCCAUACGCCGCAGAGCAGGCAUCAUAGUAACGGAUGAAGCCACGACAGCGUAC